AUGGCUACCGCAGUGCUAUCAACACCACUCAAGAGCCAUCAUGGCAUUUUCAACACCAAGACAGCAGGCGGUCGCAUGCCUCUGACACCUUCGCCUCGACCAAGAACAACCAGCCUGGCGACAAACUUCUCAACCAAUUCAUCACCUGUCACACCUGCCGUAGAGCGAUCGAUACACAAGCGCGAUGGCUCAACAGCUUACUCACGAUCAAUCACACGAUCUGUAUCGAAGUUCGCCUACGCACAAUCGCCGAAAUCGAACAUUGCAAAGAGCAAGAGACCACCAAAGCACCUUGAUCUAGGAGUAUCAGACUUCACACUGGUUGGUACUGGUCCAAGCACAACAACGCCUUCGCGAGAACGAGCCCGAAAGGAUGGCGCGAUCCGCUCAAGAGCAGGAAAGACCACAAUACGUCUCCCACACCAGACUGGAGAUCGGUUCAUUCCCAACAGAACGGCAAGUGAAGGCCUUGCUACCGCUGGUUCUGCCAAGUUUGACGAGAACUCUCGACCAAAGUCCAGUGGUACUGAGACUUCUGUGCUCGAUGGAGCAUUUGGCAUCUCUGCUCGCGGCGCAGAUGGAGACAUCGCUUCAGCUCUCGAGAAUAUGGGUCUAGAGGACGAAGAAAGCACAACUGUCCGACCAAAGUCAAGUGCGUCGACUUAUGAGUCUACUCUAGCUUCCGCUUGCGGCAUUUCAACGAACCAACGCAUCCUCGCCUUCAAGCCUGCCCCACCAGAGUCAUCAAAGCCUAUUGACCUCCGAACACAGUACAACCGACCUCUCAAGCAAGCUAGCGCUCAGUCAGCUCAGUUCCGCCGACGCAUUGCCUCUGCACCAGAACGUGUCCUUGACGCUCCUGGCCUGGUCGAUGACUACUACCUCAAUCUUCUUGACUGGAGCUCUCAAAACCAGGUCGCAAUCGGACUAGAGCGCAAUGUAUACGUCUGGACCGCAGAAAGUGGCACAGUCAGCCAGCUACUUGAGACUCCUGCCGACACAUAUGUCAGCAGUGUGAAAUGGUCAGGCGACGGUGCUUACGUUGGUGUCGGUCUAGGUUCCGGAGAGGUGCAGAUCUGGGAUGUCGAAGAGGGCACCAAGCUCCGCAGCAUGUUUGGUCACGAAACUCGAGUUGGUGUCAUGGGCUGGAACAAGCACACGUUGUCAACUGGUGCCCGAUCGGGCCUUGUUUUUAACCACGACGUCCGAAUCGCCAACCACAAGGUUGCUGAGCUCGUUUCUCAUACAUCCGAGGUCUGUGGCCUUGAAUGGAGAUCUGACGGGGCCCAACUUGCCACUGGAGGCAACGACAACCUCGUGUCCAUCUGGGAUGCCCGAUCACUUGCUGCCCCCAAGUUUGCCAAGAAGAAUCACCGUGCUGCCGUCAAGGCACUUAGCUGGUGUCCUUGGCAACUCAAUCUUCUCGCUACUGGAGGUGGUUCAUACGAUCGACACAUUCAUUUCUGGAACACGACCACUGGUGCUCGUGUCAACAGCAUCGACACUGGAUCGCAGGUAACCAGCCUGAAGUUCAGCAACCACUAUCGGGAGCUGGUCAGCUCAAGCGGCUUUCCUGACAACUCCCUCAGCAUUUGGAGCUAUCCUACUCUGGUCCGAAACGUGGAAAUUCCAGCACACGAAACACGAGUGCUGCACAGCUGCUUGAGCCCAGACGGACAGAUGCUAGCCACUGCAGCUGCCGAUGAGAGCCUCAAGUUUUGGAAGGUGUUUGAACGAAAAGCGGGUGUCGGUGCCUCGGCUUCGCGAGAAGGAGGAAUUGGCAAGGGAGGCCAGUUGGCCAAACAGAUGACCAUCCGGUAA